UAUUAUUAUUAGUAUACGUAUAUUUGUAGUUGAGAAGUGAAUUUAAGUAUUAUUCCUUUGUUAUGAAGUUGUGCAAAAAGUGAGUGUACAUAACCUAAAACCAGGAUAAACAAUUGACUAUCAGCCGAAACAAAAGAUUGUAUCUAUCAAGGUAACUUUACAAGCUUUUUUAUACAUUUAUCUUGUACAAUGAAAAUGGAUGAUAAUGAUACCGAACGUCUACGCGAUUUUAUUCUAAACCCCGAUAUAGACAUCCUAAAACUAGACACCGAACCGAUUAAAUUCAAUUUGGAAGACAUUUCUUUAUCUUUCGACUGUGUUCCUUGUUUCGAGAACACAACGAUAGUCGCUGAGCGCGAUUUGGACACUGGUGACAUUAUCGGGUUUAAAGAAGUUGAUAACUUGACACUAGCUUACGAUGGAAGGACCUCCAUGUCUUUACAACGAGCGCCUGCGCCCCCCGAAGAAUCCACAAUGGGUAGUGUUAUGAACUACCCGUUUUGGCCUGGAGGUUUUGAUCCUCCGGAAGAAGUAUUGUUGAAUGAUGAUGUUGUACUUGAUUUCGAAGAUAAUUUGUUGGUAUGUGCACCCGGGUUGCCACACGGUAUAGAGUUUCCUAAACACGAACCAAGUCACCAAGAGAGGAUUGAGGAUUUAGGUUUAGAGUCUGUAACGGGUAAUAUUACGGUUGACUUGUUAGCCUUGACGCUUGAUGAGGAUAAAUUUAAAGACAUUUGGAAAAGCGAUGAAACGCCUGAAACAACCCAAGAACCUGCACCAGCAACCGAUUCUGUUGACAUAGAUUCUUUUAUCCCGAAUAUCAACCAAGAUUUGCCUGUACUUAAUAUAUCAACGUCUGCUGAUAUUUGUGUGAAGUCUAAAUCUUUACUCUGGGCUGAGGAGAUUGAUAUAUCGCAACCGGUUACUGAUUUUGAAAAGGUUAUACCAGAGCCUGCACAUACCUAUCCAUUUGUUUUGGACACGUUCCAGAAACAAGCAAUAAUUAAACUGGAAGAGCACAAUCAUGUGUUUGUAGCGGCUCAUACAUCAGCAGGUAAAACUGUAGUUGCUGAAUAUGCUAUAGCUUUGUCUCGUAAACACAUGACAACUAUUUAUACUUCACCCAUAAAAGCUUUGUCUAACCAAAAGUACAGAGACUUUACAAAUACUUUUAGUGAUGUCGGUUUGAUAACAGGUGAUAUACAAAUUAAUUCAACAGCCUCGUGUUUGAUUAUGACUACAGAAAUUUUAAAGUCAAUGCUGUACGGUGGUAGUGACAUCACCCGUGACUUGGAGUAUGUCAUUUUUGAUGAAGUGCAUUACAUUAAUGAUUCUGAUAGAGGGCACGUUUGGGAAGAGGUUUUGAUUUUACUACCCCAACAUGUUUGUAUUGUUAUGCUGAGUGCAACAGUACCGAAUACUUUAGAGUUUGCCAACUGGGUUGGCAUGACUAAACGAAGCAAAGUUUAUGUUAUAAGUACUGCCAAGCGUCCAGUACCUUUGCAACAUUAUUUAUACACAGGCUUUGGUGGUAAAAGUAGGGACGACAGGUUCCUGGUUGUGGAUGCUGAUGGUAAUUGGUUGGAUAAUAAUUACAAGUCUGCACAGUUGUCGAAGCGUUCACGCCAGACAGAUUUUCGUAAAGAGUUUGGACACGGUAAACUUAAUCCCAAGCAGGAACAAACAAUGUGGGUUGGUUUAAUAGAUCAUUUGAAACGCAACAACGAGUUGCCUGUUAUAGCGUUUACUUUGUCCAGAAAACGUUGUGAUUUAAAUGCACAAUCUUUGAACUCCAUAGAUUUUACAAGCCAGCGUGAGAAGAACCAGAUACACCGGUUUUUCUCCAGGUGUCUCAAACGUUUAAACGCACCCGACAGAAAUUUACCACAAGUACUGUUUAUGCAGAACUUGUUACAACGUGGUAUUGGUGUGCACCACAGUGGUAUCUUACCUAUUUUGAAAGAAAUUGUUGAAAUGUGUUUCCAACAAGAGUUGGUCAAACUUCUGUUUGCUACAGAAACUUUUGCUAUGGGUGUAAACAUGCCAGCACGUACUGUUAUUUUCGAUUCCUGCACCAAAUACGAUGGAGUUGCUGUGAGAAUGUUAAUGCCUGCAGAGUAUAUACAGAUGGCCGGCAGAGCCGGCCGAAGAGGCUUAGACAGCACCGGCACCGUCAUAGUCUUGUGCAAAACUGAUGUACCUGAUUGCCGAGACGUUAAAGAAAUGAUGCUGGGUAUACCCAUGAUCCUGAAGUCACAAUUCAGACUCACAUAUGCUAUGAUUCUCAACUUGUUGCGCGUCCAGGAUGUCACGGUUGAAAACAUGAUGUGUCAUAGUUUUCGCGAGUUUGGACACAUGCGUAAAGCUGAUGCUUUGAAAAAACAACUCAAGGAAACUGAGAUACAGAUAUCGUCGAUGGAAGAACUGAGCGAGCAUUUGUAUGGGUUGAAUGAAUUUUACACGACUGCGUCGGAGUUUCUGUAUUGCCAAGACAGAGUUGUGCCUGUACUGUUGAACCAGAAAGGUAAUGCUAAGUAUUUUACCCUAGGACGUUUACUUAUUGUGUCCCAAGGCUGGUACACACCAAGACUUGGUAUGGUUUUACAAAUACGCAAAGACUUAAAGAUCACGGUUUUGGUUUUAACAGACAAAACCACCAAAGCUAAACCUUAUAUACCUAGUUCUGUUAGCGAAUGUUCCUCCAAGGCGCAAAGCGAAGAAGCUUUGGAUUUGUGGCAAAAACUUUUAGGCCUAACCGAACAAAACAAGUUCUUUGUACCCCAAACCGAUCUAUCCAACACGGUCUUACAAAUCGAUGCCAGGAACAUCAUUGCUAUAACAAAUCGAGUCAUCAGACUAGAUCCUGCCAUUAUUUUAAAAGACUGGAACCAACGCCAGAUCGACAGGUUUGCCCACUGUCCACCGAGUAACACUUUCAACAACGCCGUACAAGAAUUGUUAAAACACACCAACGAACUAAAAGACUUACAUGAAACCCAGUAUUGCGAAAAUCUACGCCAGGCUAUGGAUAUCACCAAGAACAUCGGUAUUUUAAGGGAUUUGGAGUUGUACGAUAGUGUGAAGAGGGCUUUGGCGGAGAUCAGAAAGUGUACGGUUAUUGCUAAUUUCGAGAAGCAAUUUGGACAAGUCUUUGACAGGAUGCUGUUGGAGGACAGGAAGAGCAAGAUAUCGUUCAGUCUGUCGAAUGAGAGCAUGUCUUUGUAUCCGGACUAUAAGCAUAAGUUGCAAGUUUUGCACGAUAUGAGAUACAUCGAUUCGCAUAAUAAAGUCCUCCUCAAAGGUAGAGUAGCCUGCGAAAUGGGCAACAACGAACUCAUAAUAACCGAGAUCAUCUUCCGAAACAUCCUAAAAGACCUACCACCUGCCGAAAUCGCGGCUCUGCUCAGCUGCCUAGUUUUCCAGGCCAAAUGCGAAAAGAUCGAAAUCCCCAAAAUUUUCCAAAAAUGCAUCGGCGAGAUAAAUGACAUUGAAACCGAAAUUAUGCAAAUCGAAAGACAAUUCGAUGUGGCCCAGGAUAACACGACAGUCAACAAGCUAAACUUCGGUCUCAUCAAUGUGGUUUACGAAUGGGCGCAGAAGAAGCCCUCGGAUAUAAUGAGACUGACUGACGUCCAGGAAGGGAUUAUUGUAAGGUGUAUACAACAGUUGAAUGAGACUAUUAGGGAUGCUAAAAGUGCUGCUAGGAUUAUAGGGGAUCCUGUUUUAGGGCAGAAGAUGGACGAGGCUUCUGAGGCCAUCCAGAGGGACAUCGUCUUUGCGGCGAGUUUGUACACCCAGGAUGAUUAUUCUGGUGUUAAGAUUCUGGACGAAGAUGAUUCGGCGUAUGAUGUUGAAAAAAUUUAAAAUAAUAAAGAAGUGAAAUAAAGAAUUUGCGGGAAGGAUUUUGUUUGAGAUAGGAUAGUGAGUUUGUGAUGAGUAUUUUGGAAAUGAAUGAAGAAGAAGACUUAUUUUGUUCAACAAUGAAUUGCAUAUACAAUUGUAUUUUUGGAUAUAGUCCUA